AUGCCCUCACUCGCCCAAUCGCCCGAGCAGCACCUCGCCCAGCUCUCGAGCGCUCUCUCGACUCUCACACGCACGCGCCAAGCAAUCCCCUCACUCGUUGCAUCCGUCUCAGCUCCUCUCGCACCCCUCGACCGCGCAAACCUCUACCGCUCAGCAUCAGCCGAGUGUCAUGCGGCUAUCAAGCAGCUUGCUGAGGAGUUGAAUCGGCUCGAGGAUGUAUUGAAGGUGGCGGAGGAAUCGGAGAGGAAGGAUCCGCAGGGGAUUGUCGUGAGGCCGGUGUCGAAGAGGGAGCAACCGACGGCUGUCAAGGGCGCAGAUCCUUGGCAAAGGGUGGGAGAGAUACUAGGAGGAGCGGCGGGGUCGGCGGACGCGAAGGGGAAGGGCAGGCAGUCGUACCGACCUCGCUUCGACGUCCCUUCCUCACCUCAAGCGCUCGCCGACCUCGCUCGACGAUGGCAGGCGGAAUAUCCGCGAGUUAGGAUUGAACUGGUGGGCACAGCGAAUGCGGAACAGCGGCAAAUGACGGUCACGCUGCGUGGCGUCUUGCGGGCAGUCGUUAAGUUGCGAUGGGAAGGGCGAGAGCAGGAUUUGCGCGCGUGUGAGACAGACUGGGUCUGCGUCUACAGCUUGAAGGAGGAUCGACCGCCGUACCUCCCCUCCUGCUUCUCCCUCUUCCAGUCUCUCACAAACGACGCGACGGACAUCAUCGACCGGUGUCGGCAGCGGCGAGCAGAAGGCGAACGAGUCGCGAGCGUCGAGGAGUUGCUAGCUUUCUUGUCAGACCCGCCACUGCCGUUCUGA